AUGAAUAUAAGAUAUAUAGUUAUUUGUUUCUUUUUAAUAUUUAUUUCAAAUUGUAUUUUAAGUACAGAUUGUGAAAAUUGUAUGAUUUUCCAAUGUAAUUAUACAACAGGUUACUGUAACAAGUGUGUAUAUGGUUGGUGGGGUCCAAAUUGUGAAAACCAAUGUAGUAGGAAUUGUUUCACUUUUUGUGAGAGGAUCAAUGGAAGUUGUGCUCAAUGUAACCAAGGUUGGUAUGGACCAGACUGUCAGAAACUAUGUCCAAGUGGUUGCGCCAAUGGAUGUGAUAAAGUAACUGGUUGUUGUGAUAAAUGUCAAUUCGGAAUGGUUGGAAACUGUACUUGUUCAAUUCCUUUAUCCUGUGCAUCGCCUGAUGGUUUCACUUGUGAUUGGUAUAAUUCCUGCUUGCAAAAGUAUACAACAUCUUCGUGUCCCGUUAUAGAUGACGUAAUGUAUGACAAGUGUCAAGAGUAUCUAAAUCUAGAACCAUCGCUCUCUCUACAAGGACAAAGGUGGUCACAGCACGUACGUAGAUGUAUUCAGAAUAUACUGGCGCAACAGGUUCUAGUACCUGCACCAUCUGGACAAGUCAACUGCUCAUUUGCAACCGAUGUAUUCUUUGAUAAUCAUGUAGAUUGCUACCUAUCUGGACCAGUCUCGUUCUGUAACCUGCCCUAUCUUGAUAUGGGAUCUAUUGUGAAGGAUGGUGCCUCUAUUCUAUUUAGCAAGUACUAUUAUGAACCUUUCAAGACUUUAUUAGAAUUAAGCAGAGCAUGUUUUGUAGAAUUUGCGGAAUUAGAAAUGUUGAAAUUAGAAGACGGUCGAUAUUCAAUUACCGAUGAUCCAGAAACAUCAAUUGGAACAGCAUUGAAUAAAACACUACUAGAAUAUCAAAUGAUGUUGACCUUUUUACCAUAUUCUAGUAAUACAGUAAACAACGCUACAUCACUCUUGGUUUUAUCCAAUACUACAACCAUGGAACCGAUACAGCCUGAUUUAGCACAAAAACUAAUUGAUUCAACCAUAAGUAGUUGGAUAAAAGAGAAUCCAACAUAUCAAGUCACUUUUAAUGGUGUUAUUGAAGGAAAAUAA